CAGCUUCUGGUCUGACCAACAAGGAGAGCGGGAAAGAUCAAGCCCUUAGGCAAGAAGUCAAAGCGGGACUUGAAAAGAAAGUGUCAAGGAGCUUUAUUCAAAUGCGUUUUCUUCUUACAAUUUGAUCAUGAAGAAGCUUUCUGAUGUAAUUAUGCUUUUUUUUAUGUUGCGAAGUGAUGAAAGUGUCACAGCGGGUUCAUCUGAUGAGAAUGCUAACAACCACCAGGAACAAGGUUCAGCUAGAAAGCUGAGUUUUGGACAAAUGCUGGCGGAUGCAAGUUCUAAGAGUAACACUACUGGUGAGAAUCCAAGGUUCGGUGCCCAUGAAGUCACUGCCCUCCAGGAACUAAUCUGAAUACAGGAAUGGACUUAUGGUCUUUCCAAGCUGGUGUAGCUGUG